UCAUUGACUACACGAAACCCUUCCAUUGAUCUCAAUUGGCCACCCAUUUUAAUUUAUUCGCCUUUCUAAAAUCGACUAGAAUCAACUGAGAGCUCUAAAUAAUUGAAAAAUAAUAACACACAGAGUUUCACACUCCCCUAUCCAGUCGCCAUUGUAAAGUAAUAAAUCUCGUGAUAUAGGCAGCAGAAUGAAUCCAAUUCACAUCUCUGUUCAUGUCUUCGUACUUUGCUUCGUUUGGGCACCUUGUCUCGGGAAGGAGUUUAAGCCGGAAUCCUCUUCCGAGUUGCAGACUGCCUUAAAUUCUGCAAAUCCAGGGGACACCAUUCAACUCCAGGCGAUGGACUACCACGGGGAUUUUUUAAUGCAGAGGAGUGGGGACAAAAUUCACCCCAUAAAAAUCCUUGGCACCGAGAACGAUGAUGGUUCUUCUGGAACCGGGUUGGUUGGAAACACGACCACGCUAUUUCUCAAGGGAGACCACUACAUUGUAAGGACGCUCAACAUAACCGGAAUUGAGGAAGGACUUUAUCUUGAAGGGAACCACAACUCGGCUGAAUCCUUAGCUUUCUACGGUUUAAAGCAAGCCAUCCUUGUUGAAGGGACCCACAAUGUGUUUGGCUCAAUUUCACUCAGUGACAUUGAGGACGGGAUUUUUGUUCGGGGAUCAGACAACAAGUUUCGCGACAUUUCAAUGAACAAUGCCACGUCAGGAAUCAUAAUCGAGUCUGGAGACAGGACCAGGCUACACAACAUGGCAAUUCACGACAGUGAAGGGAAAAUCCUCUCUCUCGUCCUCAACGAAGGGACGUGUUGUGGUCGGGUGUCUAAUACCAUUUACGACGGCCUUGUGGAGAUCAAGGGAAACGGAUACAACUUUCGAAGCACGGUUGCAAACGGGGCCAUAAAUAUUGUUGGAUGCAAUAAUAACUUUGGACGCAGCGUCUUUGGGAGGACUUUCUUUACGAAGGAAUGCGAGAAUAAAAUGGUCACUUCCAACAUUUACCACUUUCCACAAGAUAAGCCCACCACACUUCAAACUCUUUGAGUCAAUCUGUUUAAAAAUCAAUGAAAAUGUCCACCAUUUUAUGCUAAUGCAAAAAAGUACAAAAAUUGGAAUAAACUAAAAUUGACAAUAAGCUUGUGAAUCAAUUACAUGGUUAUGUAUUUACAUAAAAUUAUGGUUGUAUGGUUGUACCAAAUCAUUAAUAAAUGUCUCAAGUUUAUUUUCACAAUUA